CAAAGUGCUUAAAGAGGUCAAAAUCCUAAUUUUAGCUAAAUAAAAAAAAAACCUUUUUGUUUGAUUCCUCUCCAUUUACCUUGAGCCUCUAAUCAAUUUUCAUGGCAAUUUCAAUGUACAUAUCCCCCUCCUAUUCACCACCAAUCCUACAAAACCCCUCAAUCUCCAAAACCCAUUUCCCUUUUUCCCCAAUUCACACCCCCAAAUCAAAGAUUUGCCCUAAAAGAAAGCACUUCAUUGUUUUUGCAGCUGAAAAUGGGAGCAACAAUACUGAAAAGCAAGAAAAUGGGUUGAAAAACAAUGGUUUCAGCAAUGGGAAUGGAAGUAACAAUAAUGGUAAUGGUGAUGGUGGAGGAAAACCCAGAUUGAAUUUGAGAUGGAUGGAUCUUUUGUUGGAUCCUGACCCGGAUAAUAUUGUGGCAGUUGGGUUAACGGGUCUGUUAACAUGGGCUAGUGUAAGUAUAUUGUGGCAGUUGUUUGUGAUUGCUUUGGCUAUUCUUCUUGCUGCUCUUAAGUACUCUUUUAUUGCUGCUCUUUUAAUUUUCAUUCUUAUUACUCUGCUUUAGCUAUUUUAGUGUAAAGAUAGUAUUUUUGUUUUGUUUAGCUUGAAAUUGGUUAUAUACUAAAGUUCCUUUUUUUAUCA